UCAUGAAGUCGCAUCAACAGUGCCAGACGAGACGAUGAUCAUCGUCAUACUAUCGGCAUUGCCUGAGAGAUUCGACAUGUUCAAGGCAACCAUGGCGCACGAGUCAGCAUCCCGCGCGUAUCGUGGAGAAGCACUGACCUGGCCGCAAUUUGAAGAAGCUCUUCGUAAUGCGAACGACCGCAUGAAACAGCUGCGAAGAGAGCAGCGAGACCGUCAGCAUCAGCAGAAGGGCCGUCCAUCCGGAAGACAACAUGACCGUCAAGACCAGCGUAGUCAGCAUGAUGAUGAGAGGAAGGGAUGGACUAACAGACGACCUGACAACAGAUACAACAACACCAACAGGAACAAUGACAAUGGAUGGAGGAACCAGCCGAGCAACACCAACAGACAGAGCAGCAACUACUGGCGACCUGCCUCAUCCACUUAUGCCCAAUCCUCUCAGCGCACCUGGCACACUGGCGGGCAGCAGCAGGGAGGAGGCAGCAGCAGCAGCAAACAUGGCGCCCUACAGAACGACGAGAUAAGGACGGCGACGUCAUUAUAAACAACACCCGAGCGCGAGCCAACGACAGACGGAACGACCGACGUCCCAAUCGCCAACACGCCAACCAAUUCGACGUCUACGAAGAGGAAGAACAACAGCAACAAGGAAAUGAGGACUUUGCCACGAUUGGGGCAGUCGAGAUAGAAGAACUGGCUGAUGAGAUGGUGCACGUGAAUGGUGUGUCUUCAUCCUCACCUAAGGCAAUGAUGAUGGACACUUGAGCAGUGCGAUCAUGCUGUUUUGAAGAGCAGCUCUUCGACAAGAUCAAGCCACUCGACCACGACAUCAACGUCAUCAUGGCGAAUGGAUCAAUUGCACCAGCAAUGGGUGUCGGUUGCAUUAAGUUUACCUGUGGAGAGAUCAACAAAGGCAAGAAGAAGGUCAUGGUGGACAACGUGCUGUAUGUGCCCAAACUCAAGUUCAACCUGCUUUCUCUUGCUCACCUUAUCGACGAUUACAACGUCAAGCUCGAGAUUGAUCAU